AUUGGUGGCAGACAUCCUCCAGUGUUUUUUCCGACUGUCCCUGUGUGAGUUAAUGGCUCCUCCUGCUAGAUACGGAGCUGGUAGCGAGCAGUCCGAAAAACACUAACUACACCCGGGUAGAUAGAUAGCGCGCUGGGUGGUUUGAGAGAGAGGCUCGCCGGGUUGUAGUCGAGGCCUGGUGUUAAAGCGUGAAGCGGAUGGUCGAGGAAAGCGUUCUGUAUUUUAACAACAGACCCUCCAAAAAAUGAACUCCGUCAGAGCCACCAACCGGAGACCCAGGCGAGUCUCAAGGCCGCGCCCGGUGCAGCCCGACCGGAACGAGGGGGACCGAGCAGAUGAGGAGGCUCCAGCUGCAGCAGCGGAGGUGGCUGUGGAGGAGUCUGGGCCUGCAGCUGGGAACAGCCCCUACCAGCUCCGACGCAAGUCUCUACUGCCCAAGAGAACAGCUUCCAGUACUGCAGCGGCCUGCCCCAGCAAGACCGCUAUGGAGGGAGCGUCCACCUCGACGACAGAACCCUUCGGUCCCCGAGCCAAACGAGCCAGGGUCUCUGGCAGGAGCCACGACCUGCCAGCGGCUCUAGCAGAGCAGUACCUGCAGCAGAAGCUUCCAGAUGAGGUGGUUCUGAAGAUUUUCUCAUAUCUCCUGGAGCAGGACCUCUGUCAGACUGCCUGCGUCUGCAAACGCUUCAGCGAGCUAGCCAACGACCCUAUACUCUGGAAGCGUCUGUACAUGGAGGUGUUUGAGUACACCCGUCCCAUGAUGCACCCCGAGCCAGGAAAGUUCUACCAGGUCAGCCCUGAGGAACACGACCACCCAAACCCCUGGAAGGACAGCUUCCAACAACUGUAUAAAGGAGCCCAUGUGAAGCCAGGCUUUGCUGAACAUUUCUACAGCAACCCUGGGAGGUAUAAAGGCAGGGAGAAUAUGCUGUACUAUGACACCAUAGAAGAUGCGUUAGGAGGGGUGCAGGAGAGUCAUUUUGAUGGGCUGAUCUUCGUCCACUCUGGGAUCUACACUGACGAGUGGAUCUACAUAGAGUCCCCUAUCACCAUGAUUGGAGCAGCUCCUGGUAAGGUGUCUGAUAAAGUGGUUAUUGAGAACACCAGAGACUCGACGUUUGUCUUCAUGGAGGGAUCGGAGGACGCCUACGUAGGAUACAUGACCAUUAGGUUUAACCCAGAUGAUAAGUCGGCUCAGCACCACAACGCCCACCACUGUCUGGAGAUCACUGUCAACUGUUCUCCCAACAUAGACCACUGUAUCAUCAGAUCUACCUGCACAGUGGGCUCGGCUGUGUGUGUGAGCGGCCAGGGGGCGUGUCCUACCAUCAAACACUGCAACAUCAGCGACUGUGAGAACGUUGGACUUUACAUCACCGACCAUGCACAGGGUAUCUAUGAGGAUAAUGAGAUCAGUAAUAAUGCAUUGGCGGGAAUCUGGGUAAAAAACCACGGCAACCCCAUCAUCAGACGAAACCACAUCCACCACGGCCGAGAUGUAGGAGUCUUCACCUUCGACCACGGCAUGGGUUAUUUUGAGAGUUGUAACAUCCACAGGAAUCGUAUAGCAGGCUUUGAGGUGAAGGCGUAUGCUAACCCUACAGUGGUUCGCUGUGAGAUCCACCAUGGCCAGACAGGGGGCAUCUAUGUGCAUGAGAAAGGAAGAGGACAGUUUAUAGAAAACAAGAUCUACGCCAACAACUUCGCUGGAGUCUGGAUCACCUCCAACAGCGACCCUACGAUACGGGGCAAUGCAAUCUUUAAUGGUAACCAAGGGGGCGUGUACAUAUUUGGCGAUGGGCGUGGCCUGAUCGAGGGGAACGAUAUCCAUGGCAACGCUCUGGCAGGAAUCCAAAUCAGAACCAACAGCUGCCCAAUUGUACGCCAUAACAAGAUCCACGACGGACAGCACGGCGGCAUCUACGUGCAUGAGAAGGGCCAGGGUGUGAUCGAGGAGAACGAGGUGUACAGCAACACGCUGGCAGGAGUCUGGGUGACAACCGGCAGCACACCUGUCCUCCGCAGGAACCGCAUCCACAGCGGCAAACAGGUUGGUGUGUAUUUCUAUGACAACGGCCAUGGGGUGUUGGAAGACAACGACAUCUACAAUCACAUGUACUCCGGCGUUCAAAUACGGACGGGCAGCAACCCCAAGAUCCGCCGCAACAAGAUCUGGGGAGGACAGAACGGAGGCAUCCUGGUCUACAACUCCGGUCUGGGUUUCAUCGAGGACAAUGAGAUCUUCGACAACGCCAUGGCGGGCGUGUGGAUUAAGACGGACAGCAACCCCACGCUGCGGCGCAACAAGAUCCACGACGGGAGAGACGGGGGCAUCUGUAUCUUCAACGGAGGGAGAGGUCUCCUGGAGGAGAACGAUAUCUUCAGGAACGCCCAGGCAGGGGUCCUCAUCAGCACCAACAGCCACCCGGUGCUCCGCAAGAACCGCAUCUUUGACGGUUUUGCUGCAGGUAUCGAGAUAACCAACCACGCCACUGCAACUCUGGAGGGGAACCAGAUCUUCAACAACCGUUUCGGAGGCCUGUUCCUCGCCUCGGGGGUGAACGUCACCAUGAAAGAUAAUAAGAUAAUGAAUAACCAGGAUGCCAUAGAGAAAGCUGUGAGCAGAGGACAAUGUCUCUACAAGAUCUCCAGCUACACCUCCUACCCCAUGCAUGACUUUUACAGGUGUCACACCUGCAAUACGACAGACCGGAACGCCAUCUGUGUAAACUGCAUCAAGAAGUGUCACCAAGGACACGACGUGGAGUUUAUACGGCACGAUAGGUUUUUCUGUGACUGUGGAGCGGGAACUCUGUCCAACCCCUGUACUCUGGCUGGAGAACCCACACACGACACGGACACACUUUACGACUCAGCCCCGCCCAUAGAGUCCAAUACACUGCAACACAACUGAACACACACACACACAUCACAUGUACACACACACACACUACAUAAACACACACCCUAUAAUCUACAUACACACACUACAUAACACACAUUCAUAACACACUCAUAUAUAUAUAUAUAUAUAUAUAUAUAUAUAUAUAUAUAUAUAUAUAUAUAUAUAUGCACACACAGACAUAUACACCACUCACACACGCUGGCCAUAGGGAGCCAGAGAGACUGAAUAUGGUGUUCUCAGCAGGGACUGGCAUAGAGGAACCCUGAGAUUCAGAGACUGAAUACGGUGUUCUCAGCAGGGACCGGCAUAGAGGAACCCUGAGAUUCAGAGACUGAAUACGGUGUUCUCAGCAGGGACUGGCAUAGAGGAACCCUGAGAUUCAGAGACUGAAUACGGUGUUCUCAGCAGGGACUGGCAUAGAGGAACCCUGAGAUUCAGAGACUGAAUACGGUGUUCUCAGCAGGGACUGGCAUAGAGGAACCCUGAGAUUCAGGGACUGAAUACGGUGUUCUCAGCAGGGCCCGGCAUUGAGGAACCCUGAGAUUCAGAGAGAGACCGAGACAGUGAUGCACUUGGGAUUCUCUACUAAAGGGAACUAUGAAGCUGGUCUGAAUUUGACUGGUCUGGUCUGGAUUAGCCUCUGGUCUACGGUGAUGAGAAACUGACUCGUACUGAACGGCCACAUGAGAUUCUCACCAUUGCAUCUCUGGACGCCAAAUGGCCAGGUAGAGGAUGGAGAGUGAGUGUGGAGAGGGUAGGGAAGUGGCUACUCUGAUAAUGUCGGAGUGGCCAAUGAGACUUCCUUUGCCUGUGACCUCUCGGCGACUCUCCAGGAUCCUGGGAAUCGAACUUCCUCCCAAGAUAGGAAGAAAGGAGAUUUAGCCCCACCCACUGAGAAAACGCUUCCUGUUCAGAGGCAUCUGUUACUAGGCAGUGGAUGGCUGAUAUAUACAUACGUACUGCUAACGGAAGAGAGGGACUUUGAUCAAGUACCUCUGCUUUUAUAAUAUGUUAUUCUGAUCAACAGAUAUUAUUUUAAUGCUUUCUCAUGUAGUUUUGUAUUUACAAGCAAAAAAUCUUACUGUAUUUGAAUGUCUUUUUAUUAUUAUAUAUUAUAAUUCUAAAUGUUUGUUGUGUUGACCCCAGGCUUCCUGCAGUAGCUGUUCAUGUCCCAGUGGAUUUGUUCUUUCUGUGAAAGAGAAUCACGUUUAACACUAAAGACUCUCUCCAGGCUAGUAGAUGUAGGACUGGUGGAAGAUUGUGUGUGUGUGUGUGUGUGUGUGUGUGUGUGUGUGUGUGUGUGUGUGUUGGAAGGGUGCAUGUGUAUGUUUGUGUUCAUAUGCAGUCCGUGUUCCUGGAGAGGGUCAGAUACGGGGCAUCAGGCCUUUUUCAAACUGGGACAGACGAGUCGUUCUGCAGUCCCCUUCCCCAUCUCUCCCUCUCAUAUUCUCUCCCCUCCUCGUUCCCCCGCCUCCCUCUCUCUUCCUUACCCUGAUCUCUCCCCCCCUCCUUUUCUCUCUUUGUAUUCUGGUGACUGUGGCUCCUCAUACAGCCUGGAUCGUAUGCAUGUGUACCAUAACAUCAAGGUCGUGUGCCCCUGCUCAGACGCUGCGUGCCACGUCGGCGACUGUGCCGUCGGGAACCAGAUAGCUAUUACAUAUGUGCUUAAUUGAUGCGUAAAAUACCUUCCCAGGCAUAAGAUCUGGCACGCAUCAAUAACGUCUGACCAGGGGACACAACCCUAGACUUAAUAUAUUGUGAAGUAUUAAUACAACCAUUAUGUAGAUGCUAGUAUGAAUUCAAAAAAGGUUUAAUUUCCUAGGAAGAAAAAAAAAAAAUACAGGAAACUGGUCGUUUGUAAGAAAAUAAAACUUUAUUAGAUCA